GCUAAAGAGUAAAAAUUCAGGUGAAAAAUAAAACCAAAUUUCACACUCACUCUCUAACCCGCGAGUAUACGAGGAGGUUCAAAAAUCCGGUUUGACUAAUGGAUGCUGACACAGAGAAUAAUGGAUCUGCUUCCAUAGAAGGUGUUAAUGUCAAUGAAGUGGAGGUAGAAUCAAAUACUGUUGACUCUCUUGAGGUUUUGUCAUCCAGUGGUGAUGUCAUGCAAGAAGUAGAAAGUGGGGAGAUGUUAACAAGGCUUGAACUAGAAUUAGCAUGUUUCUCUGAGAAACUAGUUAACUUAGAUAUACUUGUGAUGCAUGUGGCAACAAGAGAAAGUGAUUUUGAGGCUUUUUCCUCCGAGAAGGAGCAUACUUCAAAUGAAAUCGUUGAGAAGGCAAUAGAGUUUGAUCUUUUAUCUGGGGUACUGGAUUCAGAGGUGAAGGAACUCGGUGAUUUGUUAUCCUCUGUUGCAAUGGAGAUUGACAAUGUGCGGAAGAUCAUUUCUUCAUGUGGGCGUGUGGAUGAAACUUUCGUUUUAAUAGAAGAGAAGUUACAUGACAGUGAAAAAUCCCUCAAGCAGUCACAGGACCAUCUUUUAGAAUUAAGGGCACAAUGUACCAACUUCCAUGGUAUUGUCCUCACCUCAAUGGGAGAUCAAAAUUGGCAAGGUGGCAAGACAGUGGAACACUUCAAUGGGGAUUCACUUUUGACUCCAAAGACAAAGAUAAAAAUGCAGACCGUUGAACAGCAGAGACACAUUCUGCGGAUGCUGGAGAAGUCUUUGGCCAGAGAGUUAGAUCUUGAGAAAAAGCUUACUGAAUCUAGACAAGUUGAAGAAGAAUUAAACGUCAGAUUGCAGCAAGAAACUUUCUGCAUGGAGGAAGAAAUUGAAGCUGCUUGGCAAAGGUUGUUUGAGGGAGAGAAUGCUGCUGAAGUCUUGUUAGGAAUUUCGAAAGAACUAUUGGGUCGACUCCAGAUAGCACACUUUAAUCUGAACGGUACGGUUCAGAGAGAAAGCAACUUACAAUCUAAGCUUCAAGAAGUGGACGAAAAUUUAAAAACAAAAGACAACUUACUGCGGAAGUCUGAAAUCACCUGUAAAGAGCACGGGGACAAGGUUAAAUUUCUUGAACAACGAUUGGAGGACUCUGAGUUUCAGCUGUCCAAUUAUACAUCAUCUGCAAAGAAAAAUCUGGAGUUGGAAUCUGAGUGCAAAUUAUUAAAAGAAGCUAAUGUGGAACUUGACAAAGAGCUGAACCUCCUAAAAAGCAGUAGUAGCAUUAAAUCUGAGAGGAUAAAUCUACUAGAGAGGCAGUUGAGGGAUUCUGAGCUUCGUCUUCAGCAUGCAGUUGCAUCUGCUGAAGCUAGUCAAGAGAAGCAAAUCAUGUUUAAUGCUACAAUAAAUGACAUGGAAAAUCUGAUUGAGGAUCUAAAAUCAAAGGUUUCAAAAGCAGAAAGUUUGAUGGAGAGUGCUGAAGAUAAGUGCAUUAUCUUAUCAGAAUCUAACUCAGAUCUCAAUGAAGAAUUAACUUUUGCAAGGGGAAGGAUUGCAUGUUUGGAAGCAUCGUUAUGCCAAGCUGAGGAAACGAAGAAGGCUACUGCCCGAGAUAUUAACUUCCGCAGUAAAUUGAUAACUGAUUUGAUUAUGCAAUUGGCUCUUGAAAGGGAGAGACUUGAAAAGCAGAUAGCUUUGCUGAUAUUGGAAAAUAAGGCCCAGAAGAAGCAUUUUCAGCAGAAGGAUAAAGUUCCUUCUUUGUCUCCACGAAGUGAUGGCAAAGAUACCAAGGAAUCCGUGCUUCCCAAGGCCGAGUUAAUUUCUGUAACUUCUUCAGAUGAAAGCAAGGAAGAAAAAAUCAAGAAUUUGUCACCAACUAGUGUGGAUGAGAAUAUUGCUGGAGACCUUUUGAUGAGCGAGUCAAAAGAGGAAAUUACUGAUUCGUCGUCCGGACUUGAUGCCUCGAGGGACAUAGAUGCGCGGAAGCUUAAUUUCAAGUAUGCCCUUACAGCAGUUCUCGUGUUUUUCAUAUCGGCAAUGGUAGCUGUUUUAGUGCAGCAUCAGAGUAGCCAGUUUUGAUAGCGCUGGAGAUUUUUGUUACUCAAUCAAGAGAUCCCAGGCUUUAGGUGCUUCUCAGAAAUCUUUUUGGUCUUACCUUCAUCGCGUCUCCCCUCACUACUUGUCACUGGUAGAUAUCACUAUAUAGAGCGACACCUUUGCGCAUCCAGUUCAUUAUGAUGAGAGUAAUUUUGAAGCCCAAAAGAGAACAUCAGGCUUUCCCCCCCUCUUUGUGACUAUAAAUAGCAGUUUCUUACGUAUGCAUAGUUUUUCAAUUCAGAUUUUGUCAACUCCACAAAUUGGCUUUCAUGUAGAAUUUUGGAACUGGCGCUCAGCCAUCCAAGAGAAAGAUACAGAAGAAGCGAAAUGUCUAUGGCCUUCAUUUCCAUCUAUGCAUGGAAACUUCUCAGGCUCUCAUGCUUUUACUUUUCCAAUCAUCUCUUUCUACUUUGCAAGCAAAAUUUGUUAAUGCCAACUAAGAGAUGAAGGCGAGUAGAUUCUA